AUGGGUGCAAAAGAUUCAAAACCUAGUUUUAUAUCUUACGAAGAUGCAGCUAAACGAGUAUCUGAUAGUGAAUUGAGGCGUAUACGUGAGGCAUUUAAAAGAUGUGCUGGAGCGAACGGCUCGACCUUGAGCUUGGAUGCGUUCAUCCAUGAAGUGUUGUGCGAUGGAGUCCCAUACGAAGUUGCAGAGUGGUUGUACCAGGCUUGUGGGGGCACAAAACGUGGUAUUACCUUUAAGGACUUGCUGUGUGGAGUGGUUGUUCUUACUAAGGGCAACAUUGAAGAAAAAAUAAAGUUCCUCUGGACUCUCUAUGUAAAUAAUCAAAGUGAAAAUGGCUCAUAUAUAUACAAAAGGGACUUUGCUAGAGCCCUUCAGUUGGAGAACUCUUCUCUACCUUUAUCUGAAUCCCACCGUACCAUAGAAAUACUUACAAGUCUGUUUGGGAACUGUGAAAAAGUCACAUUUGAUCAAUUCAGAUCUUGGCUUCUCAUACACAAAGAUGCCACAGUGCUGUCAAAGUGGCUGCUGUUUGAUAGAAGUAAUGUUAUGCAAGACUUGGAGACACCAACAUUCUAUCAGAGCCUGGCUGGUGUCACACAUCUUGAGGAAAGGGACAUAAUAGAGUUGGAAAAGUACUUCUGGUCGCUCCGCAACUCGACGGCGACGGGCGAGCUGGACGCGGUCAGCAUGCGCGCGCUGCUGUCGCCGCCGCUGCCGCGCGCCGCCGUCGAGGGCGUCUUCCUGGCCUUCGACGAGAACAGGGACGGGCACAUCGACUUCAAGGAGCUGUGCUGCGGCCUCAGUGCAGCUUGUCGGGGACCCACCACUGAGAGGUUAAAGUUCUGUUUUAAAAUUUUCGAUUUGGACCGCGAUGGGAUACUCAAUAAGAAGGAGCUUAUCGAUAUGAUUGGGAUUCUAUGCACUGUUGCCAACGAAGCUAUAAAGAACCAAGGCUCCCGGUCCUCAACUCCCUCAGAUGGGGAGUCAGAGGGUGAGAAAGGAUUCGACCCUGAGGUCGUAUUAAUGAAUCUAAAGGAUAAGCUGGUGACAGUCCAAGGGGAGGAACGAAAACCGUUCUUCCAUUUGGGGCCUAAUGAUGGGGAAGAUAUGGUCAUACUGAGUGAGCAAAAAGAGUCGCGCGAGGAGUGUGGGGGCGCGGCGCUGCGCGCGGAGGAGUUCCUGAUCUGGGCGGUGGAGAGCGCGGAGGCGCUGGUGGCGCCCUUCCUGGAGCUGGUGUUCGGCGUGUGCCACGUGGCACUGGGCCUGCGCCCGCAGUGCCGCCACCGCGAGCGCGACAUCGUGCUGGGCUGGGUGCGGCGCGAAACGUGCCGCGGGCUGGCCGUGGGGCAGUUCUGGUACCUGGUGGCGGCGCCGUGGUGGCGCGCCUGGUUGGCGCACGCCGCCGCGCCGCCGUACGCCUGCUGCCGCGCGCGCGCGCCGCACGCGCCGCUCGACGACGCGCUCGUCGCCGACGACAGCUUCACUACCAACUCUACGGAGUCGAUGGGGUCGCUACUGUGGCGCGCAGAGAGCGCGUCUCUGGGCAGCGCGGGCAGCAGCGGCGUGGGGUCGGCGCGGCGCGCGGCGCCCGGCGCGCCGCAUCCGGGGCCCGUAGACAACGCACCGCUGCUGGCGCCGGCGGGAGCGGGCGGCGCAGCCAGCGUGCGCACGCUCACGGGCGAGGGCGGGCACCUGCGGCGCGACGUGACGCUGGCGCAGCACCGCGACUUCGAGCUGCUGCCGGACGCCCUGUGGCGCGCCGUGGCGCUCUGGUAUGGCGCGCCAGACCCGCUGCCCAGGCAGGUUAUAAGGCCACCCAACUCUGAAGUGGAAUUGGAAUUAUAUCCUUUACAACUAAAAAUUUUACGUCACGUCCCUAACACUCAAAGGGGCGCGCCGGCGUUGGGCGGGCUGGGCGGACUGGGCGGUCUGGGCGGCGCGGGCGCGAUGCCGCCGCCGGCGCCGCCCGAGCGCCACCUCGCCUACACCGCCGCAUUCUCGCGCCUCGCCACUGUCAAACAGGUGACAGAAUUCCUGUGCAACGCUCUCGGUCUGGCGCGCGAGGACGUGCGGCUGUGGGCGCUGGGCGGCGGGAGCGGCGGGGGUGGCGCCCUGCUGCUGGACGACGAGCGACCCACGCUGGCCGCGCUGCGCCUGGACGAACGCGCGCGGCUGCUGCUGGAGGUGCGCAACGCCGACCUGACGUGGCCCGAGGAGAUCGGCGCGCUGGGCGGCGGCGCGGGCGGCGCGCGCUGGGCGGAGCGCCGCGACACGCUCACGGCGCCGCAGCUGCCGGGCGCCACGGGCCUGCACAACCUCGGCAACACCUGCUACAUGAACGCCGCGCUGCAGAGUGUGUGGAAUACGGGACCGUUAGCGCAGUACUUUAAUUCAGGCAUGCACUUAUAUGAAGUGAACACCAGCAACCCGCUCGGCACGAAAGGUUCGCUGGCGAUGCGUUUUGGAGAGCUUUGCAAAGAGGUGUGGACGAGCGAAGCGCGGUCGGUGGCGCCGCUACGCGUGCGCUGGUGCGUGACGCGCCACGCACGCGCGCUCGCCGGCGGCGGCCAGCACGACGCGCAGGAGCUGCUCGCCUGGCUGCUGGACGCGCUGCACGAGGACCUCAAUCGCGCCGCCCGCCCAUCGCCCGCUCCCGCCCCGCCGCCGCCCGCUCCGGCGCCCGCCCCCGGGGGCGACGCGCCGCGGCCCGACCGCGAGGCGGCGGGCGAGGCGUGGGCGGCGCACGUGGCGCGCAACGACUCCAUCCUGACGGAGCUGUUCUGCGGGCAGCUGAAGUCGAAGGUGCGGUGCAGCGCGUGCGGUCGCGAGUCCGUGCGCUUCGACGCCUUCAACAUGCUCAGCCUGCCCCUGCCCAUGGAGAGCUACGUGCGGGUCACCGUCGGCGUGAUCCUGCAGGAUGGCUCGGUGCCGGUCAAGUACGGGGUGAAAGUGAACUCUGAGGGCACGUAUUUAGAUCUGAAGAAAAAUUUAUCCGAACUGUGCGGGCUACCGCCGGAGUCGCUGGUGCUGGCCGUGGUGGCGGGCGCGCUGGUGGCGCGCUGGCCGCGCGACUGCGAGCGUGCCGGCGCCGAGCCCGACCUGCUCGCCUACCAGCUGCCCAGCGCCGACGACGACGACGACCGCGACUACACCGGCGAGCUAGAGGAGACAGACUCGGGCGUGACGGAGGGCUCCGGCUCAGGGCUCGGCAGCGAGGCGGAGGGCGAGGCGGAGGCGGAGCUAGAGGCGGAGGGCGAGGCGGAGGUGGAGGCAGAGACGGGGCUGGACGGCGCGCGCGGCUCGGUGAGUGUGGCCCGCUCCUCGCUCUGCAUGCCGGCACUCUUCUGCUUCAAGCAAGCACGCCCGACAUUGCAGCGCUCGCGCUCCGAGUUGCUGAUGCCGCCCUCGCCUGCCCCGGCGCCGCCCGCCCUCGCGCCGCCCGCCCCCGCGCCGCCCUCCGCCGCCUCCUGCCCCGGCGGCAUGUACCGGCUGGGCGUGGCAUCUCCGGGCGACGACUCCGUGGAGUACAUGGUGGCAGUGCACAGAAAGCAGGUGGGCGCCGACGCGUACUUCGUGCCGUGGCAGCGUUCGCGCGUGGCGCUGUUCGGUGUGCCGCUGCUGGUGCGUGUGGCGCGCGGCGCCACGGGCCGCCGCCUCUACGCCGCCGUGUGGCGCCAGCUCGCGCGUCUGCUGUCUGCGCCCGCACCCGCCGCCGCCAACCACGCACGCGACUGCGACGACAGCCUCGGCAACGAGUUCCCCUUCACGCUGCGCCUCGUGUCGGCCGAGUCGCGCGCGCGACGCUGCGCGCUGUGCGCCUGGCCCGCGUUGUGUCGGGGCUGUGCGCUGCCGCCCACGGGCGCGCCGCUGCCCCGGUGGGCGGGCGCGGGCGAGGCGCUGCUGGCCGUGGACUGGGAGCCGCCGGCGCUGCACCUGCGCUACCAGCGCGCCCGUGAGCGCGCGUGGACGGAGCACGGGUCGCUGCGCGCGGCGCCGGGCGCGCGUGCCGUGGACGUGGCCAGCUGCCUGCGUGCCUUCACCACGGAGGAGCGGCUGGAGCAGCGCUACCGCUGCGACGCCUGCAACGCCGCCAUGCCCGCCACCAAGAAGCUGCAGAUAUGGCGCCUACCGCCCAUACUGAUAAUCCACCUGAAAAGAUUCCAAUACGUGAACAACAAAUGGAUCAAAUCGCACAAGGUGGUGAACUUCCCGCUGGAGGACUUCGACCCGACGCCGUACCUGGCGUCCGUGCCGCAGGAGACCAUCCUACGGCACAAGGAGCUGAAGGCGGCGCGCCGUCGGUCCUCCAUGUUCGUGGACGUUGACGACGCCAUCUCCGAGACGGACUCCGACCACUCCGACGACGACCGCACGCACGAGACCAGCGAGUCCAUUCAGGCGAACGAGAGGAGAAGGAGUAGGGAGAGGAAGAGGCGGGAAACCGUCGAGGUGAAAGAGAGAAAGAGACUGGAGUCAACUAGCUUGACGAACACCCCCGUGAUGGACGACAACCUGGUGGACUAUCAUCAGCACCAUCUCAAACCUGAAGAGGACCCCUUCGAUUUGAAGUACAAUUUAUAUGCAGUUGUGUCGCACACGGGGCAGCUGAGCGGCGGGCACUACGUGGCGUACGCGCGACACGCGUCGGGCGCGUGGCUGUGCUACAACGACUCGUCGGUGCGCGCGCUGCCGGCCGGCGCGCCCGCGCUCGACGCCGCCGCCGCCUACCUGCUGUUCUACGAGCGCCGCGGCCUGCGCGCCGCCGCCUACCUGCCGCGCCCGCCCACCGCGCCGCCGCCGCCGCCGCCCGCCCUGGACGACGACGACGCCGACAUGCGCAACCUAUGCUCGCUCGUG